AUGGAGAAGAAAAUGGAAGUUCACCAAUCAAAGUCACCUUCGUAUCAAGGCUACGAGCAACAUUACUAUACGAACGUCGACAGACUUGGCAAAGGCGGUUUGAAGGAAGCCAUGACUGUCAGGCAUGACCGGAAUGCCGACGAGAAGGGGAGACGCGCCCAAAUCCAGGCCUGUUAUAGAAGCACAUAG